AUGGUGGGGAGAAGAGAGAAAAUUGGGUGGGGGGAAAAGAAAGGAUGAAUUUGGAGGAAAAAUGGCGAAUUUGGGUGGGGGAAGAGAAGUGUGGGGAGAAGAAGUCAAAUGUAGGGAAUGGAAGAGAAAUUUUGGGGGAAGAAAAAGAAAUUUUUGGGAAAAAGAAACAGAAUCCCAUUCGAGAGCGGCAGCAGUGGGCACUGUGACGUCAUCAUGGCGUCCAAGUGACAUAAUUUGCCCCAAAUUUGGCACAUUUCACCCAAAAAUGCUACAUUUCACCCAACUGUGCUCUAUUCAGUCUCAAAAAUGGCCGCCCCCAGCGGGACUACAACUCCCAUCAGCCCCCGCGCGAGGGAGCGGAAGCGGAGCAGCGGGCAUGCGCGUACCCGGAAGGAGGAGGCGGGAUUUCCGCCAUUUUGCGGCGUUCCCUCAGCGCCGGGAGCCGUUUCCUUCGGCUCUUAAAGGGGGCACGGCGCCCGGUGGGGUCCCACUCGCGGAGCGGCGGAGCGCAGCGCGGCGGCGGAGACCCCAUGGAGCCCCCCCAGCCCCGCUGCCCCGAUGGCGACCGCCGCCGGAAGCGCCGUGAGUUGGACGCCCGCCGCAGCAAAUGCCGCAUCCGCCUGGGGGGGCACCUGGAGCAGUGGUGCCGCCUGAAGGAGCAGCUGGGCUUCGCCCUGCAUUCCCAAUUGGCCAAAUUCCUCCUCGACAGGUACAGCUCGCAGGGCUGCGUUGUGAGCGCAGCAGCACCCCAUCCCACAGACCCCAACCUUCUCCACGCCGACGCCGAUGCCCUGCAGCGUUUGGUCGCGUUGUCCCAUGGCCACAGCAGGGAGUGCGGAUUCGUCCCCGACGUGAAGCCCCCAGCCCCAGGCAGCCCAGCCCCGCUGGUGUGGGAGUGUGUGGCCGGACACAGCUUCUCCUGGGGCGUCCCCAGCGCAGGCGAUGCCCCACAGAGGUGUGAUGGAGCCGGGGGGGGCUCAGAGCGGGGGUCCCCAGCGGUCCCCGUCCGUCGGAGGUCGCUGCGGAGGUCGGGGGUUGUGGUUGAGCCCAUGGUGGAAGAACCCAACGCCGUGAAGGAUGAUGGAGUUUGGUCACCUGGUGGUGGUGGAGAUGGUGGUGGUGAUGGAGCUCCCCAGGGGCAGACAGAAGCAGAAAUGGCAGCACCGGAUCAGGAGAGCAGCACACCCGGGCUGGAGGAGAAAGCAGACCAACAUGCUGUGCCCCAGGAAGAGGAGGAGGAGGAAGAUGAGGACUUUGCCGAGGAAGAUGACCUUGCCUACAACGAUGAUUUGCGUGAUGAGAAUUACCACCCAUCUCAGGACAGCGACUCCGAGCCGCAGCGACGACAAAGCCAGCCCCACGCCCGUAAGAAACCCGUGAAGGAGGAGCAGAUCCCAAAUGAGCAGAACCCGAUCAACUCCAGCUCAGCAGAAGAGAAGGGUGGGCAAGUCAGCUGCAAGCAGCCAACGCAGCCGUGCGAUGAGGACGUGGCCCAGAUCGGCCCCAAAAGAAUCAGGAAAGCAGCGAAACGCGAAAUCCUCCUCUGCGACUUCGAGGGCUGCGGGAAGAUCUUCUCCAACAGGCAGUAUCUGAAUCACCACAAGAAGUACCAACACGUCCACCAGAAGACCUUCACCUGCUCGGAGCCCAGCUGUGGCAAAUCCUUCAACUUCAAGAAACACCUCAAGGAACACGAGAAGCUGCACAGUGACAAACGAGACUACAUCUGUGAGUUCUGCGCCCGCUCCUUCCGUACCAGCAGCAACCUGAUCAUCCACAGACGCAUCCACACGGGAGAGAAACCCCUCCAAUGCGAGAUCUGCGGCUUCACCUGCCGCCAGAAAGCCUCCCUCAACUGGCACAUGAAGAAGCACGACGCCGACGCCUUCUAUCAGUUCUCCUGUGAUCUCUGUGGCAAAAAGUUUGAGAAGAAGGACAACGUCACUGCCCAUAAGAGCAAAAGCCACCCCGACGCGCCCGGCGCAGCCCCCCAGGCUGUGCCAUCCCCCCCCCCAGCCAUGGGGACGCAAGCUGAGCUUCCGAGGGGGGAUGCUCCAAGUGGAGAGGAGAAAGGUGAUGGGCACGCACCUCCUGCUGCAGCUCUGGCUGAGUAAUACGGAAUUUGGGGCAGAAUCUGGUGCUGUUGGGUGCUAACGUUGCUGUCAGAGCAGUGGAAGGAGGGAGCACACCUUCCUGUGCGCCUCCAUCGUCCUGGAGCAGGCAGCAGGAUCCACAAUAAAGGGUGUUUUUGUAUAAAAGCACGUUCCUCGCUUCCUGAAGGGCUUCGUGGAAAGCAGAUGGGUUAAAUUCCCACUGUGCCCAAAGAUUUACUGAGGGCAGGAAUGAAAGGCAUUGUUAAAAUGAAUGGGGUGGAUGGGGUUCAGCCGUAACUCAGGGCUGCUUUCACAGCCCUUAUUAACAGUGACUAAUUACAAGCUCUACCCCGAGCCUGAGCCCCGCAGACCCUCCUCCCCACCCUCCAGCUCCUCCUUACAGAAAUAAGCACAGUAUUUGUUACCCUGGAAGAUCCCCAGCCUGAUGAGAUGGGAGAAGAUGGAUUUGGGGAGGGCGGCACUUUGGGCCCGAUCUGCUGCUGGGGAUGCAGAUAUCAGUGGAGCACCCAUGGGGUGGGACCCCCACCCACACACCCACCCAACCCAGCACAGCCCUGAGGAUGAAGAGCAUCGCAGGAGUCGCUGUGGAUUCCUUUUUUUUUUUUUUUUUCUUUUUGCACUGCAACUUUUAUUUCCCCACUAAACAGAGUUAACAGUAAAGAGACACAACAGCACGGCGGGGUCACACGAGGGUGGGUUGCAAGCACACGCGAGCUCACACCUAAACCAGUGCUCCCCCUCCCCUGCAAUGAGGGGAUUAAGGCCCACCAGGGACACCCCCAGCCAGGUGAUGGCAUGGAACGCCAGGCCUGCCUCCAUCACAGCCUACCAAUUGCUCAGCACUAAGAGGAGGGGGAAGACUGCAGAGAUUUGCUCUCUGGGCGGAGCAAAAUGCGGGCACGGCCCCUUCCUGGGGGAGGGAAAGCAAGGAUGGGGGCAAGGGGAUGCUAAAAAUGCAGAGCAGUGGUGUGAUGGGGGCUGGGUAUGGCACCUCUCCUCCUCACGUGGGUUUUCUCACCUGCACAGAGCAGGUGGCUUUGCUAUGGAGCAAGGAACCCCAAACGUGGCUCUGCUCCCUGCUUUGCAGCCGACUUUGGAAGUACAAAAAGAGAGGGGUUUGCUGGGACAGGGGGUCAAGGAGGGGAACCAACCCUAUUUUGGGGGUAACUCAAGCAGCCAGGUCCAUCACACCCACAAUGGCUGACUCCCCACAAGACUGUUUUUGGGUUAAAAGACGCAAACUUCAAGAAG